UUCCAAUUAGCCGUUACAAAAUGCUUUCCAGUACCUUGCGUUCAUUGAGGUUCCAGUCCAGAAGAGUUCCAGCCGCUUCCAGCGUCAAUGCUGCCAGGAACUACGCAUUGUCCGCCAAUGCUCAAGCCUUAAUUUCUAAAUCGGUUCAAGACGUUGAUCCUGAAAUGGCUAGUAUCUUGAAGCAAGAACAAGAAAGACAAAAGAACUCUAUUACUUUGAUUCCAUCCGAAAAUUUCACUUCCAAAGCUGUUAUGGACUUAUUGGGUUCAGCAAUGCAAAAUAAAUAUUCUGAAGGUUAUCCAGGUGAAAGAUAUUACGGUGGGAAUGAAAUCAUCGAUAAAGCCGAAGCUUUAUGUCAAAAGAGAGCUUUGAAAGCCUUUGAUUUGAAUCCAGAAGAAUGGGGGGUUAACGUGCAACCAUUAUCUGGAGCACCAGCCAAUUUAUACGCUUAUUCAGCAGUUUUAGAAGUUGGGGAUAGAAUUAUGGGUUUAGAUUUACCUCAUGGUGGUCAUUUAUCCCACGGUUAUCAAACCCCAAGUACCAAGAUCUCUUAUAUCUCUAAGUACUUCCAAACCAUGCCUUACAGAUUGAAUGAAGAAACUGGUUUAAUUGAUUAUGAUACUUUAGAAGCUAAUGCAAUUCUUUUCAGACCAAAAGUCAUUGUUGCUGGUGCUUCUGCUUAUUCCAGAGUUAUUGAUUAUAAGAGAAUGAAAGCCAUUGCCGAUAAGGUUGGUGCUUAUUUAUUAUCCGAUAUGGCCCAUAUCUCUGGUUUAGUUUCUGCUGGAGUUACCGAGUCUCCUUUCCCAUAUUCCGAUAUUGUUACUACCACCACCCAUAAAUCUUUAAGAGGUCCAAGAGGUGCUAUGAUUUUCUUCAGAAAAGGUAUUAGAAAAGUUACUAAAAAAGGUAAAGAAAUUCCUUAUGAAUUAGAGAAAAAAAUUAAUUUUUCAGUUUUCCCUGCUCAUCAAGGGGGUCCUCAUAAUCAUACUAUUUCUGCUUUAGCAGUUGCUUUAAAACAAACUCAAGAACCAGAAUAUAAAGAAUAUCAACAAAAUGUUGUCGAUAACGCUAAAAAAUUCGCUCAAGCUUUAGAAUCUAAAGAUUUCAAAUUAGUCUCUGGUGGUACCGAUACCCAUUUAAUCCUUGUUGAUUUAAGAUCUAAAAAUAUCGAUGGGGCUAGAGUGGAAGCAGUUUUAGAAAGAGCUAACAUCGCUGCCAAUAAAAAUACCGUUCCUGGUGAUAAAUCUGCUUUAUUCCCUUCUGGUUUGAGAGUUGGUACUCCUGCCAUGACUACAAGAGGUUUUGGUGCUGAUGAAUUCUCUAGAGUUGCAGAUUACUUCCAAAGAGCCGUGGAUAUCUCAAUUGCUUUGAAAGCUAAAGAAGAAGGUAAAGUUCCAAAAGAAUUAUUAGCUUCUUUUAAAUCCUUAGCUGAUAACGAUGAUCAAGUUAAACAAUUGGCUAAAGAAGUCUCUGAAUGGGCCUCUUCUUACCCUGUUCCAGGUGAUUUGUAAGCCUAUACCUCUAAUCUUAUUCUUUUCUAAGCAUCCCACGAAGUAUGUACAUUAUUGAAUGAACGAUAAAACUCAUAUCCAC